AUGUUUUUUAAUGAUGAAAUUAUUGCUCAGGGGCCACCGACUGCAUUAUGCAUGUGUGGUGAUACAUCAUUUCUUGCUGAUUGUUCCCUUAAUCAUCCACCAAUUCCAAUAUGUUAUAGCACUCCAAUUGAAGACGAUUCAACUUCAAUUUUAGAAUUACAUACUGCUAUCAGUCGUGAUUUUUUUGAUGAUUUGGAUAGCAUACUAACAUCUCUUGAAAAUUUUUUGGAAAAUGCUGAAAAUGAAAUGGUGCAAAAUAUUGAUAAUGAUUUGGUUGAGAUUAAUGAAAUUGAUAAUGUUACUCCGGAAAAAAGAGAAACAGAUGAAAAUUUGGAAAAUCGAGUGCAAUCAAUCAAUACAGAAAUGAUAUUGGAAUUGAAGGCACCAUUGAAUUUACCUGAACCAAAGCAAGAGCAAAAUAUUGAUAAUGAUUUGGUUGAAAUUAAUGAAAUUGAUAAUAUUACUCGGGAAAAAAAAGAAACAGAUGAAAAUUUGGAAAAUCGAAUGCAAUCAUCCAAUACAGAAAAAGUAUUGGGAUUGAAUGCACCACUGAAUUCACCUAAACCAAAGUAUCAUUAUUGGCUUCGUGAACGAAAACCUAAGAAAUUAGACGAAUCUGGCGAUAUUGAAAUUAAAGUAGCACGUCCCAAAAAAGUUGUGAAAAGACGUGCCCGAAAGAAGAAGAACAAUGAAAAUGCAUCAAAUUCAAAACCACGAAAGCAAAGACGAAUUCGAAAAACCAAAAAGCAAUUGGAAAAUAAUAUCACUGAUGGCAACAAUGAUAACAAGAAUAAAUGCACUGAUAAUAUCAUAACUUUAGAUGAUACCAUCACUUUAGACUAA